AUGAGUUUUCAUAAAAGUGAUUCACGUACGCCUUUGGCACCCACAGAAUAUACCAUUCAUACGUUCGGAUAUGGCGGAUGUACGGCUCAACAAGCCGCAGGCUCAACCCUGCCCUUAGUGAUAUCAAGGAAAAAGGGUGGCAGUGCAGAUGAUUCCGAAGAUGUCAAUUAUAAUCCAUUCGAGCACCGGAAAGUCGAGCAUCCAACAUCCGAUACGGAAACCCUAAUCCAUCUGCUCAAGGGUUCAUUGGGUUCCGGUAUUCUGGCUAUGCCUAUGGCAUUCCUCAAUUCCGGUCUAUGGUUUGGUUUAGUCGCCACCUUCUUGUCG